UGUUUUCAUAUUUUCGGAGACCAACAAUUCUUUGUGUUGAGGAUUUUAUUUUUAUUUUCGAGUUAAGAUGUCUUACUUUUACGGCGGUGGCGGUGGCGGAGGACAAAGACAACCGAGACUGAAUUAUCAACCUAAUCUAGAUUUUAACUUACUGGCCACGGUACGCGAUGAAAUGCUUCGCAAGGAGGAGGAAUACAGAAAGGAACAACAGAGAAUCGAAGCUGAAAAGAAAAAGUUAACCAGCUAUCUGACGCAGUUACAAGCCAUGGUUCGGGAUCUACCUGGGUGAGAACUUUUCUCAUAUGCAUUUAAGAAACCUGUUAGGCCUGGUUAUUAACACUAUUUUAGGGAACGCUGAAAUUAAUAAACAUUUAUAGUAAAAACAUAAACAGCCAUGACGUGUUACAAAUUUACAAUUGUGGGUAAAGAUAGUUGAAUUGCAUGGCAAUAUAUUUCAGCCUAGUAAAACUGGAGAAAGCAUGAUAAUUUAUCAACACACUGGUUUAAACAAUAGUGGAAACCAUAUAUAAACUUUAUGCAUAUAUUUUGAAUUGAGGUUACAGUGCGACUACUACAUAACCAGGGCCACAGACAAAGUUGACCAUUCAGAUUGCAGAAAAGUAACAAUUCAUGUCUGAGAAAGUUUGUUGUCACUCAUAAUCGAAAAAAUAAAAAAACAUGGAUCAAAAGCAACCAAUAUUACAACCUACAGACAUGAUCUUUUGAACCACUGAAGAAAGCCGGUUUUGUGAGAGGGCUGUGAGAGUCAAUGACGGAGGCAAAAAAACAUAAACAUUAGUUACAUUUUUGACUUGCAACACAAUAACAUUUCAAAAAUAAUUCUGCUUUUCAUGAUUUUCAGAGUUUCACCGUAAAUCUUUGUACUAUUGAUAUUUGCACUUUCAGCAGUUUAAAAUUUAUAGUCAUUUAGCAAACUAAAUAAUUUCUUUGUAUUAUAUAUGACUGCUCAUUCUUUACUAACAGAACAUAUAAAAAGAAAUUUACUUAUGAUGUGCUCUCUGGAAUUGCCACCUGUCUGCUUGAUGGUACAGUCUUUGAGAUUGUGAAGGGACUUGAAGACAUACAACAACUGUCUGAGAGAAAUUUGCUCAACAAAAGAAUGAAAUUAGUUAACUCCCAAAAAGGUACUACUUCUAUGAAUUAAUAUAUUUUAUUCAUAAGAAUUAAAAGUUUCGUUUCUUUUGCAUCCAGAUAAAAACUAGUAUAAAUGCUUGAAGUAACAUCCUGCUUCAACCUCAAGUUUAAAAUAACAGAAAUUAUGGUCACUGCUCGAAAUAACGACAAGUUCACAUAAUUUAUUGAGGACAGAAUUGGAAGAACAAACUAAGGUUCCCUGAGCACUAAUUUGAGUAUUUGUCCAUGACUGUUCAUUCCUUGUAUAUGUUAUGGGUUAAAAUUGAAUUCAGGUUAUAUUGGAAGAACAAACUAAGGUUCCCUGAGCACUAAUUUGAGUAUUUGUCCAUGACUGUUCAUUCCUUGUAUAUGUUAUGGGUUAAAAUUGAAUUCAGGUUAAAAUUUAUAAACCAUUCUUAAUUUUCUUGUCUCAUAACCCUAUUAUUAUUCAUGAAUUAGGGCUUGGGCGACAAAGGGAAUUGUUGGGAUUUAGUCUAGAUAAUAAAAAAAUUUAACCUGAAUUUAAUUUUGAGCUAUAACAUAUAUACUUUCAGGUUUCUAUGUUAUAGCCAUUGCCUUGUUAGUCUUCUCUGUUAUGACAUUCACUAACUGCAUGAAAUGGACCAAUUUCGAUAUAUUAAAAUUCAUACUUUGCUCUAAGGCGUAAGGGAAUGAAACAAAGGAAUCAAUCUUGAGGUUCAGCCAUGAACAAUUUUUUAAUCCCAGUUUUGUUCCCCUAAGCAUCGUAGCGAGGGAUGAAUAUAAAUAUAUCAAAAUUGGUCUUUUGUCCUAUUAUUUUCAGCUCAGCGAAUGGAAUUAUCCAAGAAACAAAGGGAUGCCAUUCAAAGCUGUGAACAACGGCCUCAUAACCUUCCCCUUGUUGAGGCUUCCAAUGCUCAGGAAAAGAAGGUAUUGGAGCUGGCCCCUUGCAUGUAAUAAACAAUUUUUUACUUAUAAAAGAACUUAUAAAUAAGUAAAAUGUCAGGUAACAGUAAAUGUAAUAUUUUCUAGCAUAAAUUUCAACCUUGAGGGUGGGGUGUACCUGUGAAGUGCUCAUUGUUUUGCUACAGUUGAUUCUGAAGUAAUGCGUGCUAUAUGAUAAUUGUUUUUUUUGUUUGUAUGUUGUGUCAGUCUGACAGUAUUAAAAAAACUGAUGGUUGAUCCUACAAUGUGUUAUGACAAACAAAAAAUACAAUAAGGCCGAUUUUCUUUUCUUAAUAACUUGCUCUUUACUGGAUUUGUUAAAUUUCUCACAUCAAUUGCCUCUGAUUACUGUCAGUAAGGUACUGCCUGGUCCCAAGUCACUCGCAAUCACUUUUUUGGGAUAUUUGAGUUAAUUAUUAAGGAAAGCCUGGAGUGAUUUUGUGUCAAUUAGUUAUGGUGAGUCCUGGGACUCAUCUUUCAAAAAAUCAUGAGUCCCUGUCCAUAACCAAUGAGUCCCAGUAAACUGUUAAAAAAAACAAGGAGUCCCAAAUUGAAAAUGCUUGGACCUUUAUGUAACCAGACAGUUAAUCUGAAGACAGACAACAAAACUCUUUAUUACAAAUGAAUGUUUAACAGAAAAACCGUCAGGGAUGUGUGACACUUGUACUUCAAUAGCUGAUAAGGUGAUAUUCGGCAAAGAAAUAUCAAAAAGGAUGUAUAUACGUCCCAAUUCAAAUGAAACUGAAAUUGAUAUUCAGUCCUUUCGGCUGAACAGUGCCUAGUUGAAAAAUCAACCGCAUCUCACAUUACUUUCAUUGAAUGUUAAGUUAGUACCACUGCAUAAUGCCACACCACGCACCUGGACAUACGUGUACUGUGGCCAGUGAGUGUGAAUAACAAUUUCAGUUUCAUUUGAAUUGGGACGUUAUAUACAUCCUGUGCAUGCUAUUACGCGUGUGCAUGCCUUUAUCAUUUUUAUGAUGUCUAUGAUAUUGUGUAGUACUGUACAAUGGUUUUUUCUUGGGCUGAAGAACUGAUACCAUCGUAUUUUCUAAAUUAAUAAGCCCUUCAUCAAAUGUGUUUGAAAGAAAUAAGCCCGCCGAGGGGUUUAAAAAAGGAUUUACUGUAUGUAACCUUCAGGUAAAGUUUAAAGACAUAUACAAUGCACUGAGGCCAACAACACUGGAUAGGAUGCUAGUCCACCAUAAUACCAGAUCUGAGUGGCAAGAGACAAUGUGGAGCAAAGUUUCUUGUCUAAGAACAGAAUAGCGAGGCUUGAGCCGCGACCUUACACAGAUUAAGGCAUUAGCCCCUUUACCACCAUGCCUCUAUUUUGUCAGUAAUUAGAUGGAAUUUACUAAACAUCCCUUUACAAAUCUCUAAAAACAAUUUGUAUUUCCCAAGGAUUUGGAAGAGAAGUUAGAAAAAGAAAUUUCUCAUGUGGAUCAGAAAUUGGUUUUGGAACUGGACCAGUUAGUUAGUGAUCAACAGGCAACGCUCCAAGUAAGUCUCAUUUUGUAUACUACUUUUGUGUCAUGCAAAUAAAAUAAAAUAGACCUUCUUUUGUGUAAAUAUAACCUUAGAUCUUCAGGUAGUAUUUUUACUUUCUAUGCCAGCUGCUCGAUCGAAGACGUUAGGUGAUAGAGCCUUUAUGGUAAGAGCGCCAACGCUCUGCAACUCUCUUCCAAAAGAACUUUGUGCGAUUACUAAUGUGAACAGUUUUAAGGCGCAUAUAUAAGACUUAUCUUUUUAGAACUUUAUAUUGGUGAGCAAUUUUAUAUUCAGUUCUUAAUUGCAUGCAUAUAUAUUCUUUUAUUGUUAUUUAUUUAUUUUUAAUGCAUCAUCUGUUAUUUGUUUCUUGUAAAGUAAUGUAGUUGUAAUGCACCGCUGAUCAUUCUCAUUUUAAGCUGCACACAAUAAGUUCAUAAAUUAUUAUUAUUAUUAUCAUUAUUAUUAAAUGAAAAUGCAGAAAUCCUCUCUGUCAUGGUGAUGGCCCACUAUGUUUCUUGCUCCAUAGUGUAAGUUUAUUUUUUUUACCUGAAAGAGAUCCAUUACAUAACCUUUCUUUUUAAGAGAGAAUUUUGAGUGUUUGUAAUUACAUAAAAAUUACCUGGGAUUAACUGGUGGACAUACCAGUAAUAGAAAAAUGUUAUGCUAAGACACUAUUGAUUAUCCUUUUACAGAGAGCUGGUGUGCCAUUGUUUUCAAUUACAAAUAAUCCAGAUGAUAUCCGACUUCAAAUGUACAUUCUGGAUUUCAUACAGCGACUGGACCAUUCACCCAGUUAAAAAUAAAUGAUGUGAGGAGAGUAGGGACAUAAUGAAUAGAGGUUUCAUAGUCACUCAAAAA